AUGCCAGAGUCAACCAAAGACAAAGAUAGAGAUAGUGAUGAGGAGGAAGAGGUCUUUCACGAUGCUCGUUUCCCUCCAGGCGAGGAAGCUGAGCUGCUAAGCCAGUCUCAUAACCACAAAGCGGCUGCGAAUACGCUAUUUGCUUCUUCUUGCUACUCGGAAGCUAUCUCUACCUACGAUCGAGCACUCUCUGUUUGUCCAAAUUACCUAGAGUUCGAGCGGGCCGUUCUACAGAGCAAUAUUGCAGCUUGUCACCUAAAGCUUGAAGACUGGAAGGCUGCUAUAGAGGCAGCAACUUCUAGCAUAUCAUGUCUGGAUCGUAUAAUACCUAUCGAACCGCGUGUUACGAGCUCACCGAGAAUGAAUAAAGUUUCGAAUGGGACAGCCAGCGACACGACGCUAGAGGAACACAGGUCUGCCGCACAGGUCGUCGAGCUGCCAGAAGAUGCAAGUCUGGAGCUAGAAGAUGAAGUCCUUAACCAGUUGAAAGAAAACGACACGCGUCGGGAGGACAUGAUGCGUAUACGGGCCAAGUCUCUGAUGCGGAGGGCGAAGGGAAGGAUGGAGUUGGGCGGGUGGGCAAAUCUUCAAGGUGCAGAGGAAGACUACAGAGCGUUGCUCGAACUUGGGAACCUCCCUUCACACGACCAGAGAGUUGUGCGGACAGCUUUACGGCAGCUGCCUGCUAAAAUAAAUGAGGCAAAGGGCAAGGAAAUGGCCGAGAUGAUGGGUAAAUUAAAAGAUCUAGGAAACGGAAUCUUAAAGCCAUUCGGUUUAUCUACGGAUAACUUCAAGUUUGUCAAGGACGAAAAGACUGGUGGCUAUAGCAUGGCCUUUGAGAAAUAA